AUGGAGAUUGAUGGCGUGGCGUUGGUCAUUGGUGCAGGCAGCGGCAUUGGCCGCGAGGUCGCCUUGACGCUGGCUUCUCGCGGAGCAUCCGUGCUGAUCUGCGCCGACCUCAACGUCGAGGCUGCCCAGCAGACUGCCGAAAUCAGCCAGUCUCGCAAGGCCGUCACCGAUUUCCACGCCACCGCGAUCCAAGUCGACGUGAGACAGGAGCGCGAUGUUGAGAGGCUGCUGGCCGAAGCCAAGUCGCGAUUUGGUCGCGUCGAUGUCUGCGUGAAUACGGCUGGCUUUGGCGCCGCCAACCAAACACCGAUCAGCUCCAUGAGCCUGGACGCCUACCGCCAGCUGGACGAAGUCCACAACAUCGGCUCUUUUCUGGUCCUGCGAGCGACCCUGCAGACCAUGCUGCAGCAGGAGCCCCGAGCGACGGGGCGCGCGUCCGUGAAGGCCAUGAGCAGAGGGUCCAUCGUCCUGCUCACGUCGCUAGCGUCGGAGGGUGCUUUCCUCGGCGUGGGUAAUUAUAUCGCUGCCAAACAUGCGGUCAAAGGACUGGUGCAAACGGCCGCCAUCGAAAACGCGCGGAAAGGCAUCCGGAUCAAUGCCGUGGCGCCCUCGUACGUCUCCGGGCCCAUGAUCAACAAGUUCAUGCAAGAGGCGCCCGCGGCCAGGGCGGCCAUGCUGGGCGAUCUGGCAAUGGGCCGGCUGGCUGAGCCGGAAGAGGUGGCCGAUGCGGUCGUUUUCCUGGUCUCGUCGGCCGCGAGUUACAUCAAUGGCCACACGCUAGUCGUUGAUGGGGGGACGUCGCUGCAGCUUGCGAACACGCCAUUCAGUGACACAUGA